AUGUCCCGCCUCGAUUUCCCGUCUGCCAAGCCGUCGUCGUCUGUUCGCCUCUUGUUUCCGACAAUCUCCAGACAGUUAGCCGUCUUCCUUGUACUUCUUGUUUCCGUCAUGGAAGCUUCAGGAGUAUCGGGAAUCGGCUGUUUUGUGUGCAGCUCGUUCGACGGCGAAAACAAGGGAUGCGAGGAUCCGUUCAACUCCACCAUGGAUCUAUCAUCGAGGGAUCGCGAUGCGUCGGCAGUCGCCAAUUACAACUAUCCCUGUUGGGCGUACAAAAAAGGACGACACGGCUUGUUUCCAGCGGACCAUUGUAUAAAAAUUGUUGGAUAUCGAGCUGACAACGAAUCGAAAACGCUGGUAAUCCGAACAUGCGCUCUCGAUUCUGGAACUCUAACGGCAGACACUGAAAUAGUGCGGAUAUCGCAUUGUGGUAGCUUCAAAUACGAAGGUCAUCAAUACAAAGGAUGUGUUCAAUCCAUAUUCAUGAACACUGGAAGCUGUUUCAUCCUUUUUAUACUUAUUGUUAUCUGCCUGCUCCUCAUUUUCUGGGUCUACCAAACCUCCAGAUUUGGACCAAUUGCCUAUAUAAAAUCAAUGUGGACACCAAAACCUACAAAACCUGUGGAGCCAACAACUGAAGUGGCCCCUGCAGUUCCUCGUCGAUCGGUUCAAAUUGCGCCAGCUGAAAUUCAAGUUCCACCUCCAAGAAAAUCGGUGAAAAUCCCGCCAGUGAAAGUAGACGUGGAAGCAAAUGAGGAAAGAAAAGAAGAAAAAGGAAGACUGUCGAUGCCUUCAACUCCAGUCGUUAGAAAAGACGAAUUUGUCUAUGUUUAA